AUGAGUUGCUUGUGUGUGUCUUCAGUUACAGAGGAGAAGAAGUCUUUAAAGAGGACUUUUCAGCAAAUACAGGAGGAGGAAGAUGAUGAUUACCCCGGGAGCUACUCGCCCCAAGACCCUAGUGCUGGGCCGCUUCUGACUGAGGAUUUGAUCAAAGCCCUGCAAGACUUGGAGAAUGCGGCGUCGGGAGAUGCAACAGUGCGGCAGAAAAUUGCCUCCCUGCCUCAGGAAGUUCAAGAUGUUUCAUUACUGGAGAAAAUUACAGACAAGGAGGCCGCGGAGCGUCUCUCGAAGACGGUGGACGAGGCGUGCCUGCUGCUGGCCGAGUACAACGGGCGCCUGGCCGCCGAGCUGGAGGACCGGCGCCAGCUCGCGCGCAUGCUCAUCGAGUACACGCAGAACCAGAAGGACGUGCUGACGGAGAAGGAGAAAAAGCUGGAAGAGUAUAAACAGAAGCUGGCGCGGGUAACCCAGGUCCGCAAGGAGCUCAAGUCCCACAUCCAGAGCCUGCCCGACCUGUCGCUGCUGCCCAACGUUACAGGAGGGCUGGCACCUUUGCCGUCCGCGGGCGACCUCUUCUCAACAGACUAGGGCAGAAGGUGGCCCCGGUUUCCGCGAUGACCAGCA